AUGCUGAUUUCAUUGUCACGUCACGGAAGUCGCGCACCGAACCCGACGGUCAAGACCCACUGCCCGAACAACCUGCCCAACCUCGAGUCUUACUCGGUGCCGCUCGAGCAGCUCACCGAGCGCGGCAUGGAGCAGAUGGAGGCGGUGGGAGACCAUGUCCGCGAGGUGUACGUGAACGACAAGGGCUUCCUGUCGCCGUCGUUCAAUGGCCCGCAAGACGAGCCGCACUUCGAGGGAUACUUCCGAGCUGACGCUGCCAAUCGGUGCGGCCAAAGUGCCGUUUCAAUGGGCUACGGCUUGUAUCCCGAGGGCACAGGCCCCGACGGCUACCCGAGACAGCCUAUCCCUGUGUACAUGCAGCUCUUCGAGAACGAGCAUGACUUCACGGCCAACGGUCCUUGCUGGCCGGUCAUAUCGGCGAAUAACAAGGUGUACACCAAAGGGCGAGCAGCGGAGGCGAUUGAAAAUCACAAGGAGACUCUGGAGGCUGUCGCCAAAAUCUGCGGCCACGAAUUCUACAAGGGCAACGAUCCGGUCACCGCUAUCAAGGAUGUCGGGGACAUGUUCCUCUUCGACCAAGACGAGGGUCUUGACCCCACCCCCGGUUUGACGCCCGAGCUUGUGGAGGACAUCUCCCAGCUUGCCUUUCAGCACCUAAUCGAACGUCUCUACUCCACGCAAACGCAGAUCACCGUCGCGAUCGGAGGGUUCCCCCAACUGCUCGUGCGUAACUUGCGCGAGGGCGCUGUCCCGAACCGGAACCCUGAGAGCCCCAAGUACCUGUCUUACCACGGCCACCGUGAGCUCAUGCACGGCCUGGGAUUCAUGAUGGGCAUGAAGUUCAACUUCGAAGGCCUGCCCCAGUACAACGGCUCAACGCCACUGCACCCGGCCUCGACGCUCUUCUUCGAGCUCCACCGCACGGGCGGCCAGACGCCCGAGCACUUCAUCCAGCUCUUCGUCUGGUCGCCGAUGAGUCCCCGCACGGCGGUGAAGCUCGACAACUGCGCGCUCAAGUGUCCUCUGAAUGAGUUCACGGCGAUCAUCGAGAACCACAUCCAGUCGACCGGCCCGUGGCAGGACAUCUGCGACUACCACCCAGUGAACGUCCCCGCCGCCAAGGCCGCCACCAAGUCCAUGAACGUGGUGGUGAACGACGCGACCAUCGUCGAGCCCAAGAAAGAGGCGCAGCCUGAGAGCGCCAGCUCUCUCUGGUCCAUUCUCACGGCCGGUGGGCUGGUCGCUCUGGGCGCAGUCGGCGCCACCACGUACCAGCGCUACAUGGCCCGUCGUGGGUACCAGUCGUUGUAA